AAUCUUCUGUCGGCUCCUCCAGUUUGACUCCCCUCAUCUCAGGUGACCCCACGGUCACGGCAUUUCUCGCGAUGUCCAAGACGCGAAGCGCUCACGGCUGGCAGAGUCAGCAUAAACAACCAUGGCCGCCGCACUGCGCAGGCUGGUCCCUUCUCUGGCACACGGCUCCAAAACGGGAGCGCUUGCUGCGGGGACCCGACAGCAAACCCCCUCAAAUGCGAGAAAGGCGCUCAAAGUGGUCGCAGCCGGAGCAUUUGCCGCAGCCGCUGCCGGCGCUGCGGCUCUCUACUGCGGCUCGGUGGUCGGUGGCGGACCGAGGAGCCCCGUCGAAGCUCGGCUCGUACAUCUGGCGCUGCCAUCCGUCUCUGCAGCUGAUAAGGCCAGGACCUAUGAUCUGGAUGAGGGGGACAUGUACAUGUCGUCCUAUGAAAACAGAUUCCGACUCUUCGGCUCAGUGGAGUGUGAGGGCCAGCUCUACAUGACACCUCUAAACUUCAUUGAGUCUAUCACUCUCAACGAACCAAGGAGUAGGAGAGGAUGGAAGUCCCUCACUAAAAAGGAGUUAGACAAGGUGCUGUCUGAUACGCCCCCUGUUUGGAAAGGAUCAUCUAAUUUGUUCCGAAAUCUCAGAGAAAGAGGUGCCAUCAGCUACACAGAGUAUCUCUUUCUUCUCUGCAUUUUAACAAAGCCCCACGCAGGAUUUCGGAUCGCUUUCAACAUGUUUGACGCCGACGGCAAUGAAAUGGUGGACAAAAGGGAGUUCUUGGUGCUGGAGGAGAUUUUCCGUAAGAAAAAGGACAGAAAAGAAGCUGCUGAUGACUCUCAGAGACUGGACCAACAAAGCCUGCAGCUUUUUGGUCAUCGCAAGUCCCAGACGCACAGUGUUCGUAAAAAAGACGUCCAGCAUGCGGGGACCCCGGGCAUGUGGGAUGUUCUCAGGCGCGGCACAAGUCAAGUUCUGUUUUCUGAUCUCACCGAGCAGGUGGACGAGAAAACGGAGACCACGCUGCUCGUGCAUUUCUUUGGAAAAAAGGGCAAAGCCGAGUUAAAAUUUGAAGAUUUCUACAAGUUCAUGGACAACCUGCAGACAGAGGUGCUUGAGAUCGAGUUCCUCUCCUACUCCAAAGGCAUGCCCACCAUUAGCGAAGAAGACUUUGCUCGCAUUCUUCUUCGCUACACAAACGUGGACGAUGUCAGCGGGUACAUGGAGAACGUGCGCCACAGCAUUCCAGACGAAAAGGGAAUCAGCUUUGAGGAGUUCAGAUCCUUCUUCCAGUUCCUGAACAACCUGGAGGAUUUCGCCAUCGCCAUGCAGAUGUACAACUUCGCUCACCGCUCUGUAGGUCAAGACGAGUUUACCAGGGCCGUUUACGUGGCCACUGGAAUCCAGCUGAGCCCCCACCUGGUCAACACCGUCUUUAAGAUCUUCGACGAGGAUCGAGACGGGAAACUCAGCCACAAGGAGUUCAUCGGAGUCAUGAAGGAGCGCCUGCACCGUGGAGACGGGGGCAUUAAAGCGGAGGAGAAGUUCGUCUCCUUCAAAUCCUGCAUGAAGAAGGAGCUGUCGAGCAAAUAGGUGACGACCCAAAGACGGCUGCACGUCUGGGUGGGUUGUGCCUCCCCUGUCCUCCCUGUCCAGACCCGGGGGGGGGGGGUUAAUGCAUGCUGCAGCAUCUCAGAGCGGCUCUCGUAGCGGUCUAAGAAACCAAAGAAAAACAGGAUGUAACGCCAACAGGAUGCAGCCGGUCUGACAGGAAUGAUUCCCUGAGUUUUCAAACAAACCACAAAUUGAGGAGCAUUGACACAACAACAACAACUUUAGUUUUAGAGUGUGUGUGAAAAUAUAUUAAAUUUAUUUAUUCCAUAUUUAUUUAUCUACAAAAAAAAAUCUCAACAAUUUAGCCAGUUUAGGUCAUUAGUGAGACAGCUUUUAGCCCUCAUGCAUCUAAAAAUGUCUGUUUCCUGCUCAACCGGCUUCUCCUCCUCAGAUUUAAUCCCAACCUUGUUUCUGUUUAAAUGGAGAAUGCUUAGCCUCCGUCCCCUCAGUCGUCCCUGCAAACAUUAUCUUUGUCCAACACCCACCCCCCCUCCACACCCACCUCCCGAGUCCUUGUAUUUCCUCCAAAUCGCUGCAGCGGGAAUCCUCCAGAGGAAGCAGAGCUGAACACUCUCGCUCGAUCCGAAGCUCGCUCACCGUUUAACUGCGGCCGGCGGACGCUGUUAAUCAUUUCUCAGCUGAUACGGAGAAGCGUUGGCAUGGAGGAACUCUCCUUCUGAACGAGCAGAACACAAAAGCCGUGCGCGUCUUUACUUCUUGUUGAAAUUACUGUAGGCUUCAGGAGGUGGGAGCGACGCUUCUCUGUGGCUCGGAGGAACUCUGUCUGAUGAGAAAACACUAAAACAUACCACCCUAAACGGGAUAAUGCCAUUCAGACGAACAGAUUGUAUUUGAGACGACCGGAUGCUCGUAGUGACUCUACCUCGUCCCUUUAAACGCUGGCUUUGACUGUUACAGUAGCGCACUGAGGCAUUUCCACUGAUGUGUUUGAAUAAAUCUGCACCUACUGUA